AUGGAUUCCAUCCCGAUACCUCCGUUAUUUGAUAGUGAUGCAUUCAAGGUUGAACAACUGCUCACCAACCACGUGCUCACGGCAGAUCCUCGAACGCUGCUCGCACUAACACUAGUCGCUUUUGCCAGUGCAAUUCAAGUGGUUAUAUUCGCGAUUAUUUGUGUAUUUUACGACGGAUGUCCAUAUUACGUCGGAAUUAUUAUAGGAAUUCUCUUACUGCUUAAUGCUACAGUAAUAUUUAUUUUUUGCAAAUGUCGGCCGACAAGAGGAUGGCUAGUAGCUAGCUGCGUGGCCGCCUCCUUAUCAUUCGUGCAAAGUGUGUCGUUGUUCUUCUGGACGGCGUACCUCGUCAACAACGAGGAUAAGUAUCUCGAGCGAAUCGGAGCGAAUGAGAAUCGGAUCGUGACAAGCACACGAAUCGCCAUGUACUCAUUACAAAUGAUAUUCUCCCCAAUUCAU